GUCUUGCAUCUGCGACAUUCCUGUAAACAAACGAAGGCUUAACUUUUUUGUGGUAUUUGAAAUGACGUUUUCAAAUUAAAACGCUCCAGCAGUAUAUAACGUCUAGGUAUGGCAGAGCUGUUGGGAGGGGAGGCGAUUCUUGAGAGUCUACGCACAGAUGUGUCAGACAUUCAGUGGGCCAUAAGUGGAAUCAUAUCCCGGGCAGGCCCAGUGGAAGUUGCCUCAUGGAAAUUUCCUGACAAGCAAAGUGCAGAUUUAAACAUAGAGGAGCUUCUUGAUCUUUACAGUUACAGUGAUGAUGCAGAAGAUAACCAAGUGGCCCACAUUGCCUUGUAUGAACUCGUCAUAGACAGAUUCGUGUACUUGCUACAAGCUCUGUCUGCCCUGACCCAGCAGAUGUUGGUCCGUGCAGGGGAGGAUGUUAUUGACCAGCGGACCUCUUCUAUUGGACUUGUGGUCAAACAGUUCUGUAACAGACAAGUACAGCUCAACACAGUCGUCCAGCAGACCAUGUCGGAUAUCAAGUCAAAAUCAAGAAAGAUGGUUGACUUGGAAAACAACAUGAAGCAGAUGGCAGAGGAGCUCAGUCAACAGAGUGAGACAAGUUCCCAGAGUGGACAGAAGCCAUAUCACUUCAGUCCUCACAAAGUGGGAUCAGCCAUGACUGGCUUUAUCACCCCUAGUAAGAUGGAGGAAAUUGCCCGUGAUGCCUGCACAAAGUCUUGUCAGACAGUGGAAACUGCUUUUGUGCCUUGUGAGGGUUGUCAUGUUGUGCAGAAGAACUUCCGCAGUGCUGGCGAUGUUAUCGUCAAUAUGUGUCAGUCACAGAAACUACCCUCCUCUCUUCAGAAGUACCGCCCCCUGGUGGCUGAGGUGAAGUGGUUGUCCCCGAACGAUGUCAUAAGAUGGUCCACUGAACAAGCCAAGGAUCUGGGGCGGAUCAACAAACACAUGGAAAACCUUAUGGCCACCAUCAACCCUCUCAAGGAGGAUCUGGAAAACUGUGAACAAAAGUGUAAAAAGCUAGAGAGGAGAGUAGCAAACUUUGAUGCUGAAAUGAGAAAAGAGAGAGAAAUUCAGACGACCUUACAGAAACAGUUUGAUGUGAAGUUAACGGAAAUUGAGGCUGAACACAAACAGACAGUGUCCCUUGUGACUAGAAAGAUGGAGGAGGUGGUGUCUAAUAAGGAGACUAUAGAAAACCAGCUCAAGAAAUACAGGGCAGAGUUAGACUCCCAGCAAAGAAUGCUGACAGAGUUAGAGGAUACAAAGAAAGCUUUAGUAGAUGAAUUAAAAGUAAAGCAUGCAGACACCUCAGAAGUCAAUAGACUCCAGCAUCAUCUGGAGGGCGUACAGAGUCGUCUACAGGAAGUGGAGGGAAAACUAGAGAAAUCGACCAAAGAUCUGUCCAAAGAACAAGCCAGGAACAAAAGUGCUGCCAAACAUAAUCAAAGUCUGCAGACAAAGCAGGACUCGCUGCUGCUGAGGAUAGAUGACCUUGAUCAGGAGAACAGAGAGCUGAAAGACCAAGUGUCAGAGAUAGAGGAGGAAAAGGACAGGAUAGAGGAAACUCUGGAGAAAGUGCAGAAAAAUGUCAAGCAGUACAAGCAAAAACUGAAGGACAACCAGACCUUGAUCGAUAAGUUAAGUGCCCAAAAAGAAGAACUCCAGGGUUCAAUUACAACAUUGAAAUCCGAUAUACAACAACUAGAAAACAAACUGGAGGAGGCUGUGGAACGAGAAAAACUCCUAAUAGAAUAUCCAGACCUCCAUGGACCAGUGAAUCCAGACAUGCAAGGAACUGGAGACAUUGUGUUUGACAUGGAGAAUCAGGUCAAGGCCAACACUCUCCGGAUCCAGGUGUUGGAGGAGCAGAACGAGACUCUCAGGAACUCGGUCAGCAAAGUCCUGAACCUGCAGCAGGGCAGGGCGCCUCCCAAAGUGGCCUGGGAAAAUAAAGAACCAAUGCAUCUAUGGUCUGAUGAAAACCUCACAAAUGCGAGACAAGAAGAAAAAGUAAUGAAGAAAGAUAUUUGGAUGCCAGACAGUUCAUAUCAUGAAAACAAGAAUGAGAAUGCCAGAACAGAACACGAGGAGAGACCAAGAACCAAGCCCUCCUCGGGAAAGCCCCCCAAAUCCUCACCAUCAGCCUAUGGGAUCCCUGUUUCUGAUGAGUUCAUCGUUGGAAGAGGAAGCAGACCUUCUAGUGCAGCGAAGAAAGCAGAACGCCCAGCCAGCGGCAAAAAGAUGAUCAUGGCCCCGGCUAACACAACCAGUAUCAGUGCCUACAUACAACUGAAAAGAUCAGGAAAACUAAACAUGGAGGAUCAUCCUAAAUCUGCAGUGCCCCCUUCAGGGCGAGAGAAGAAAAGGUCCCCAUCCCAAGAAAAACAUCCUCAAUCAGCGGACACUUAUUCCAAGUCGAACAAUGACCACCAUUACCGGAAAAACGAGAUGUUCUCUUGUACUCAGUGUGAUAAAAUGUAUUCACGAGCCAGGGACUUGGAGAUACACAAAUCUUACUGCACAGGAUAAUGAAACCUUCACACGUAGUUUUAAAUCAGGUUGAAGCAAAAGGAAAGUAGAUUGUUUUUGAAUCUCCAUGCCACAUUUUUAUACACAACAGCAAAGUACAGUAGUGUCAAUAUAAGAAAAGGCAGAUACUUUUUUUAACCUCUGUAAAGACUAGCAAUCACUUAUACAUUGCAGUCUUAAUUCUAGAAUUUCAUAGACACUGCAGUUCUUUUCAGUAAUAAUUGUAAACUGACAGCUUAUUGAUAAUACAACAUUCAAUUCUGGUGUUUGUAUAGAAAUUUUAUUUGUAUGAUAACCAAAAGCAAAGCACUGUAUAAUUGUUACAUCAAUAUUUAUAUUAUUUCCGUCCAAGUGAAAGACAAGUUCACUGUACAUAUAAUUCAAUGCAUAAUUCAUGCUUCGCAUGAUAAAUUUCUACAAGUUUCUUUCAUAUAAUUAUGUAUAUUAGUACAUACCACGUCUUGUGCUAGCAUUUUUUUUUUUAUAGUUGUUGAACAUGUUGUGAUGUAGCAUUACAUUAAUUGUUGCAAGGUGCUCUAUAUGUGGAAUAAAUCAACAUAGCUAUAAUAAA